CUCCUUUUUUUUCAUUCAUACCCCUGAAAGGCCACGGAAGCCACAAUUCAAAUUCCUCACCGAGGCAAUCGCUUCACUUUUGCAGAUUUUGGAUUUAGGGUUUUGAUUUGAUUGGUUUCUGCUAUCCAGCUAGGCUUUUUUGGGUUUUAGGAACUCGAUCAAAUUACGGUUCUUUUUCUUCUAAUUCAUGUUCAAAGAAUCAAUCAUAGAAGAGGAGGCAAUGGCGACGGAGUCAUCGGAGGGAGAAGAGGAUGCGAAGCUGACGGGAGGGAACCAGCUGCUGGUAGUCGACGACGAUCUCAGAGAAAUGGGCAAGAAGGCUGCUUGGAGCGUCAGCUCCUGCAAGGCCGGCAAUGGCGUUUCGUCUCUCCGUGACGACAAUCUCGACACCUACUGGCAAUCCGACGGUGCGCAGCCUCAUUUGGUGAACGUUCAAUUCCAGAGGAAAGUGCAGUGUAGGAUCGGGAGAAGGAGAAAGGAGAAAGGAGGGGGCAGUUUUGGUAAAUUGAAAAAAUUCAUUAAUGGGGUACUGUAGCUCCGCGUUUUGGAAAAAUAAGCGGCUUCUUGGAAGCUGCAAAAUGCAGCUUCCACUUUUUGGCUUUUUUUCAUGUAAAACUUUGAAA